AUGAAGUGCACAGAAAUUUUAAAAGAACUGACAUCAUUAACAUAUCAUGUUUAUGAUUUACAAGCUCUUGAAAAUCUUACGACUGGCUUAAAACUGCUUUUGAACAACUUUGAACAUAACCACCUUACCGAUGAAAAGGAAAAUUUUGAAACCAAAAACAAGGAAGUGGCAAAAGAUAUGAACAGCAAAAUAUUCAUAGAAAACAAAGACAUCUCAAAUGUCAAGCAGAAAGAGAAAGUAUGUUGUUCCAAACCAGACAAACAAUACCUUUCUCUACCGGUGAGACAGAAGAAAAACCCAUAUAAUAAGCGAUCUGGAGAACAUGCAUCUAUGAUGUGCAAACACUACAAAGUCGACCUCCCAGUAGAUGAUGACUUUGAACCAAAGAAAAAAAAAGAAGUUACAACCAAAGAAAAGCUGCAUACUACCACAAGAGACAACGACUAUAUCCUACCAUUCAAACCAACAAUGUCAACUUGA